AUGGAGAAGCGUAAGCCCGCCGGACUGCUGCCCCUGCGGCCGUGCCAUCUCCGCACCGAGCCCCUGGACCUGCCGGGGACCCUGCCCCUGCCCUGCCUGGGGGACCCCCUCAGGGUCUCGUGGCGCCUGCACGCCGCGUGCUGGGAGCGGGCGCCCCAGGACUGCGCCUUGGAGCCCGCCUUCCUCCGCAGGCGCAACGAGCGCGAGCGGCAGCGGGUGCGCUGCGUGAACGAGGGGUACGCGCGCCUGCGGGACCACCUGCCCCGCGCGCUGGCCGACCGGAGGCUCAGCAAGGUGGAGACGCUCCGCGCCGCCAUCGGCUACAUCAAGCACCUCCAGGAGCUGCUGGAGCGCCACGCCCGGCGGCAGGAGGGCCCCAGGCAGUCCUAUAUGGGGGUAGGGGGUGGGGAGUGGGGCCCGGACAUCAAAGGAGGGAAAACUGGAUAUGAUGUCAUCCCGACACUGGCCUCAUGA